AUGUUCUCAAAAUCUGCACCCCUCCUUCUCGCCUCUGCCGCGCUGGUCGCUGGCCACGGCUAUGUCAGCAGCAUCGAAGUCGCUGGUACCACCUACGGUGGCUACCUCGUCGAUACCUACUACUACGAAACCGACCCACCAGAGCUGAUCGCUUGGUCCACCAACGCCACUGAUGACGGCUACGUCGCCCCCACCGCAUACGAUACCUCAAACAUUAUCUGCCACAAAGGAUCUUCGCCAGGUGCACUGUCCGCUCCAAUCGCGCCGGGCGGUACAGUCAAGUUGACCUGGAACACCUGGCCCUCAGACCACCACGGCCCUGUCAUCACCUACAUGGCUAACUGCAACGGAUCCUGCACCGACGUCGACAAGGUCGAUCUGGAGUUCUUCAAGAUCGACGCUGGUGGUCUGAUCAAUGAUACCGUCGUUCCUGGUACCUGGGCCACUGAUGAGCUUAUCGCCGACAGCUACAGCCGUACUCUGACCAUCCCCACGGACAUAGAAGCCGGAUAUUAUGUUCUGCGUCAUGAGAUUAUCGCUCUCCACGGUGCAGAGGAUCUGAAUGGUGCUCAGAACUAUCCUCAAUGCAUUAAUCUUGAAGUCACUGGUAGUGGGACCGCCACACCCAGCGGUACCCUUGGAGAGGACCUGUAUAAGGACACUGAUCCCGGUAUUUACGUCGAUAUCUGGAACACACUCAGCACUUAUGUCAUCCCCGGUCCUACUCUCUACACAGCCGGUAGCACAGCGACCGCCACCGCCGCAUCUGUCACCACAACCUCUACAUCCGAAGUAACCUCUGCGGCGUCUACCAGUGUCGCAUCCACCAGUGUAGCUACCACCAGUGUCGCCUCCACCAGUGCUGUUGCUGUCGUUGAGUCCGAGACCACACAAGCUGCAUCGACUUCUCAAGCAACAACCUCCGUCGCCCAGGCCACCGCUACCGGAAUCUCUAGCAACGGAGGAUUCGGUCAGGGCCAAAGUGGUAGUGGUAACGAUAGCGGCAAGAGCAAUGGCAACGGCAACGGCAACGGCAACGGUAAUGGCCGAGUUGGUAAAGGCCAAUCAGAGGAAACCACUUCAACCAUUACCGCCUCUCCAUCCACCACCUCCAGCUCCGCCAGCCAAACCUCGGGUGUUCUUAGCGGAUCCUGCAGUGAAGAAGGCUACUGGUACUGCGAUGCCGGGUCAGCCUUUCAGCGCUGUGUCGAUGGCGAGUGGGAUGCUUCGCAGGCUGUUGCUGAUGGAACGGAGUGCACUGCUGGUAUCUCUGAUAGUUUGACUGUUUCUCUUUCUUCGAAGAAGCGGAGCUUGCAGCACAUGCGUCGUCGUGAACACCAUGUUUAG